AUGGCGGCGCCGCGCUGAGAGGCCCGUGGCGGCGGCGGCGGGCGCUGGGGGAGGGGCCGAGGAGCCGCUGCCGGGAUCGCGAAGGGCCGCGGCGGCCGUGGCCGCGCGGGCGGGGCCGAGCUCCGUGCGCCCACGCCCGGGGCGCCGCUGCCGCCCUCCAGCCGCAGGACAGCAAUUUUGUGUUGUGAUAAACUCCAGCACUACAGGAACCACGGUUUCAUAGUGAGGAACGACUGCUUUCACAAGUUCUGAAACUACCAGCCGGUCUUCCUUGAAUUUUGGUGUGUGCGAGUCCUUAGUGGAGGUUGCAUAUAUACAUGUUUUCAUGAAGAGAAGUGAGAAGCCAGAAGGUUAUAGACAAAUGAGGCCUAAGACUUUUCCUGCCAGUAACUAUACUGGCAGCAGCCAGCAGAUGCUACAGGAAAUACGAGAAAGCCUCAGGAAUUUACCUAAACCAUCAGAUGCUGCUAAAGCGGAUCACAGCAUGGCCAAAAUGUUAUCUGAAGAUCCUAGACAAGGCCGAAAUCCCCCCAAAUUUGUAACAUAUCAUAAAGUUUUGCAGGAGAUAAGAAACUCACUUCUGCCUUUUGCAAACGAAACCACCUCAGCUGUAAAAGGAACAUCAGAAGUUAAUCGACAAAUGCUGCAAGACUUACAAGCUGCUGGCUUUGAUGAGGAUAUGGUCAUACAAGCUCUCAGACAAACUAACAGCCGUAGUAUAGAAGCUGCCAUUGAAUUUAUAAGUAAAAUGAGCUACCAGGAUCCUCGGCGGGAACAGAUGGUUGCAGCAGCUGCAAGACCUGUAAAUGCAAGUAUAAAACCACCAGCAGGGACUGUACAGCAGUCAGUUAACCGCAAGCAGAGCUGGAAGGGUUCUAAGGAGUCCUUGGUUCCUCAGAGGCAUGGCCCUUCCCUGGGAGAUGGUGUAGUUUAUCGCUCAGAAAGUCCCAGCUCUCAGCCUGAUGUGGGAAGGCCGUUAUCUGGAUCUGGCAUUGCAGCAUUUGCUCAGGCUCAUCCUGGCAAUGGACAAAGAGUGAAUCCCCCGCCUCUACCACAGAUAAGGAGUGUCACUCCUCCUCCUCCACCUCCUCGAGGACAGACACCCCCUCCAAGGGGAACUACUCCUCCACCUCCUUCCUGGGAACCAAACUCUCAAACAAAGCGUUACUCUGGAAACAUGGAAUAUGUGAUCUCCCGUAUUUCUCCAGUGCCACCUGGAGCAUGGCAGGAUGGUUAUCCACCUCCACCUAUGAAUCCUCCACCCAUAAAUUCUUCCACACAGGGUCAGAGAGGCAUGAGUGCUGUUCCCAUUGGCAGGCAACCAAUAAUCAUGCAGAGUUCUGCCAACAGCAAAUUUAGUUUUCCUUCAGGAAGAGCUGGAAUGCCAAAUGGUAAUUGUCAGGCAGAAUUCAUAGUUCACCAGAAUAUGGUGUCUAGCAACUCAGUGAGUCGCCAGCCACCUCCAUACCCCAUAAAUCCAACUAACAGGCAAAGUCCCACAGCACUACAGAUGCAGGCAGGAGGAGCUGUACCUCCUUCAGCAUAUGCCAAUGGGAAUCUUCCUCAGGCAAUGAUGGUGCCAAAUAGGAAUAGUCACAACAUGGAACUUUACAAUGCAAAUAUGGCUGGAAUACCUGCAUCCUGGUCACAGCCUUCCCCUGUGCAACCGCAGUCAUCACCUGGCAAUGGGCAUGAGGUGCCUACAUGGCAACCCAGUGUUCCUGUGCGGUCAAAUUCUUUCAACAACCAUCAUGGAAACAGGCAGAGUCACUCCAGCAGCUCUCAGCCUUCAGCUACAACAGUAACAGCUAUAACGCCAGCUCCCAUUCAGCAACCAGUGAAGAGCAUGCGUGUGUUAAAACCAGAGCUACAGACUGCCUUAGCACCCACUCACCCUUCCUGGAUGCCACAACCAGUGCAAACCAUUCAGACCAUUCCCUUCUCUGAGAGUCCAUCUGCAAACGUGACAGUUAUGUCCCCUGUUGCAGAGGCUCCAAAUUACCAGGGUCCCCCACCACCUUACCCAAAACACUUGUUACACCAGAAUCCCUCUGUAAAUCUAUAUGAGACAGGAGCCAAGCUCAACAAGGAAGAACCUCCUAUUUUAUCCAAGGAGGAUGAGAACGAAAAGAAUUAUGAAUGUGUUGAUUCAGCAGAUAAAGAAAAGAAACAAAUUACAACAUCACCUGUUCCUGUUAGAAAAAACAAGAAAGAUGAGGAAAGAAGAGAGUCUCGCAUUCAAAGCUAUUCCCCUCAGGCCUUUAAAUUCUUCAUGGAGCAGCACGUGGAAAAUAUACUCAAGUCACAUCAGCAGCGUUUGCAUCGGAAAAAACAACUAGAGAAUGAAAUGAUGCGGGUUGGACUGUCACCAGAAGCCAGAGAUCAAAUGAGGAAAAUGUUGUGCCAGAAAGAGUCAAAUUAUAUUCGGCUAAGAAGAGCUAAAAUGGACAAGUCAAUGUUUGUAAAAAUAAAAACCCUGGGAGUUGGUGCAUUUGGAGAAGUUUGCCUAGCAAGAAAAGUGGAUACCAAUGCUUUAUAUGCAACAAAAACUCUGAGGAAAAAAGAUGUAUUGCUUAGAAAUCAAGUUGCUCAUGUUAAAGCUGAGCGGGAUAUCCUUGCAGAAGCUGAUAACGAAUGGGUGGUUCGCCUGUACUAUUCAUUCCAAGAUAAGGACAAUUUGUACUUUGUAAUGGACUACAUUCCAGGAGGUGAUAUGAUGAGUCUCCUAAUUAGAAUGGGUGUCUUUCCAGAAAAUCUGGCACGGUUCUACACAGCAGAACUGACCUGCGCAGUUGAAAGCGUUCAUAAAAUGGGCUUCAUCCACAGGGAUAUUAAACCUGAUAAUAUCUUGAUAGACCGCGAUGGUCAUAUUAAAUUGACUGACUUCGGGCUCUGUACAGGUUUUCGAUGGACCCACGAUUCAAAAUACUACCAGAGUGGUGAUCACGCGCGUCAGGACAGCAUGGAUUUCAGCAGCGAAUGGGGUGACCCAGCAAACUGCAGGUGUGGAGACCGGCUGAAGCCGCUGGAACGCAGGGCAGCGCGGCAGCACCAGCGCUGCCUGGCCCACUCCCUGGUUGGCACUCCCAACUACAUUGCACCUGAAGUGUUGUUACGAACAGGUUACACACAGCUGUGUGACUGGUGGAGUGUUGGAGUGAUUCUCUUUGAAAUGUUGGUGGGGCAGCCCCCAUUCCUGGCACAAACACCGCUGGAAACACAAAUGAAGGUUAUCAACUGGCAAACUGCACUUCAUAUUCCACCUCAAGCUAAACUGACUCCAGAGGCCUCCGACCUUAUUAUCAAACUCUGCCGAGGGCCAGAAGAUCGUUUAGGCAAAAACGGUGCAGAUGAAAUAAAAGUUCAUCCAUUUUUUAAAACAAUUGAUUUUUCAAGCGAUCUGCGGCGGCAGUCUGCUUUCUACAUUCCCAAAAUUGCUCAUCCUACAGACACGUCAAACUUUGAUCCAGUUGAUCCAGAUAAAUUGUGGAGUGAUGAUGAUAAGGAAGGGAACAGAAAUGAUACACUUAACGGGUGGUACAAAAAUGGAAAACAUCCUGAACAUGCUUUUUAUGAGUUCACCUUCCGGAGGUUUUUUGAUGACAAUGGCUACCCUUACAACAAUCCAAAGCCUAUUGAGUAUGAGUAUAGUAAUUCCCCAAACUCGGAACAGCAGUCAGAUGAUGAUGAUGAUGAUGAUGAACAGGCAGGUAGAGGAGUUCAAAAUAGAGACCUGGUUUAUGUUUAGUAGAGGAAUAAAGGUUAAAAACUAAAUAAACUUUAAAAACUAAAUAAACUUAUUUUGCAGCUGCAAUUUUUCAAAAGCCUCUUCAGAGAAUUGAGAGAAGAUUGCCAGGGUGAAUACAUGUAUGAUUUUUUUUUUAAACACUAAGAAAAUUGUCUUCUGUUUCCCUCUCUGUACAUUUUGUUUCCCCAGAAUACAAGGAAAUCCUUUUCAGAUAUUAAUUUAUUCCAGUGUUGUUAAUUGUUUAAUUUAGAAGAAAUUUGAUCUUAGGUGAAAAAAAGUAUCACUUGAAUUUUGUUGUUGGCUCUCUGUACUCUAAGUACUCAAAAUAGGAGAUAGUGAUUUUUAUUAUUUUUUUUUUUUUCUUUCCCUAAUGUGAUGUUUGGUAUCUAUAUACUGAAUAAUUUUAGAAAACAAAUCUCUGCUUCGAAAAUGUUAAUGACAGUGCUUGCUUGUGUUGACCAAACAGAAAACCUGCUUUACACUAGUAAAGCUCUCUGAUACAUUUCUGAAGAGGGAGAGUUAAAAAAAAAACAACAAAACAACAAAAAACAAAAGGCUGCUGUACCUCUCCCUUCACACUGUAUUUAGCCGAAUUCUUCACAGUGUUGAAAAACUGAGCCAUCUAUCUGGUGAGGUGUUUCCAGCUGCUGUGGUAGUAGUAUAGUUCUCAACUUUGGAACAAGAAAGUAUCAGUCUUUAUGAUUGUAAAGUGAUAAAGCAUGAGAACUAGCAUUUUAUUAAAUAAUUGGAUUUGACAUUAGUAAUGCUGUAGCAUGUGACUGGUACUCUCAGUGCAGGAAGGACUGUGCACUCAGAAACAACUUAAUUGUCUCCUGUCAGUCAAUUCUCCUUAGUUAUGAGAGGAAAAGAUCUUUAGGAAAAACACCUUGUGAAAUCUAGUUUAAUUUUCUGACUUCAAACUGUAAAGUGUGUACAGUUCUGCUUUAGUUGGAAUUUUUAGUUUGAAAAAUAAAUUGUAAUAGUUUAUUAUAUGUUUGAGAUAGUAAUGGGAAAAUAUUGUAAAUUAUGGCUUUUGAGACUGUUACUAUGGAGACCAGUUUCACUUGGCUUUAACAGUUUUCCUCCUAAUUACACUGACUGAGAAAUGUCAUACACCAGUCCAUCUGAGCCAUCAGUACAGUUUCAGUGGUCUGUCUUUCACAGCCAUAUGCAGAACAGAAUUAAGAACUUAGGACUGUACCUGCUGCCUUCUGUAUGACUGUUCAUAAUUUCCCACAGCAGGUGAGCAGGCAUCCCCUUGGUCUCAUGGUGGAAGGGUGCUGAGCUUGUCAAGGUUACUGGGAGCAGGGAGAGGGGCAGCCCUCUGAGCAGCUUCCCUGAGGCAGCACCAAGAGAUACAGGUGAGAGGCAGAAAAAAUUAUGGUUCCUCUCCCCUCCUUUCUUCUGAAGCUAACACAAUGGUAAAGAAAAUGCACUAUUUUUAGUAAACUUCAUGUCUUUUAAAACAUUUCCUCCUUGGAAUUGAAUUCCAAUGGAUAAUUAAUAAAGUGCCUGUAAGCGUUACUGCUUUUUUAAAUUAUUAUUUGUGCCAUUGCACUGGCAUUGUGAUUGUCUAACCAUCAUGAAAUUGGUGUUUGUUAGCUGUUCUCUCAGCAAACACCAAGUACUAGCUUAGUUUUCCUAUCAAGCUGGUUUAAGAAAUUCUUGUGCACUUCUGGCCAUUCGAUCCCUUUCUGUGCUCCAGUUCAGUGUCUCCCUUUGUGCCAGUGCCACUCUCUGUAGCACUGUGCUGAAUACUGUCUGUGAAGAAAUUGCUUGGUGGUGUUCAGCUUUUAGAGGUUUCUUGGAAGCAUGUUCAUUUUGAGUGAUCCAGUUUCUAGUAUGGUCCAAAAAGUUACUUGUGUUGGUAUAACUGAGGAAGGAGUGAACUGCACUGAAGAGGGUUGGUAGUGGGGAAAUGUCUUAGACUUUGUCAGAGGAGAAAACAUUUGUGGAAGUUCACCCCUAAACUGCGAAGUGAUUGUUGUGGUAAAGAAGGUUAUGAAAAAUUGCUUUAUUUUCUCAAGCAGUUAUAAUGAAAAUGGGUUUUUAGCUUAAUAAAACAAGUCAUGUUCUGUCUGCUUGUUCCACAGCUGUUGAAAUAGAGUAGUUUAAAAGAUUCAUUUCAUUUAGCUUAUAUAUUAUAAAAUGGCUGCAGUGUAUUACUACUCCAUUUUAUAUAUUAUGUAAAAUAUUUCCAUGUAAAUAAACCUUUAAAAAUCAUCCUCCUUCAUAGUGAGUAUCCCAGUAAAACUGGUUUACUUGUCUUGGAGUAAAGUAUAAUAUAUUACUUGUUGAAGGUAAUUUAAUCAAGCCUACCUUACCAUUUGUGAAGUGUGCAGAGAAAAUAAUGUCAGUCCUUCAUUAAAUUGACGUUAAAAUUGCCUUUUUAUCUGAAUAUAUUUCUCCUCUGCCUGCAUUGUAUUAUGUUCGUGUUUAAUGCUGUAGCUGGUCUUUAGCCAGUCUGUUAAAAAAAGAGUUUGUAAAGGCACCAUGUUUCUGUACAAGCAACACCAGUUGCUUUUAUUAAAGGAAAUUAUUGUAUUUUAAGGACAUGUGCAAGUAACUAAAUAUUAAAUAUUACCAUUUUAAACAAAUAUAGAAGAGCUCACAUCUUGAGAAUUGGGUAGAUGCUUCUGGCAUUUUCUGUUAUCUUGUGUUAGAAGUUGUAAUGUACCUUGUAUUAAUUUUGCCACCUCUUUGCUGCAGUAUUAUAUAUUGCCUUGCAAAAAUGGCAUGUGUUACAGUCCAAGUUCUCUGAGAAAGUUAACAGGGGAAUGUUGUCACAACUCUCCAACUUGCUCUGCCUUACCCAUGUUUGGAAACUUCAUGUUUCAUACAUAGAUUCAGAGUCUAUUGAGAUUCUUCAUAGCUGCUGCUUAAAACAUGGGUGUUUCACUGGUGGCUUGUGAUGGGGAUUGGUUUGUACAGGCAGUUGAGAAGAGAGGCUCCUAACCAGCGGCUGUGGAACUCUGCAGUAAGUUUAAGUUAAGGUUACUUUCUCUUUGUAAAGCAAGAAAAUAAAUUUCUCUUUUAUGUGCCCUUGUACACAUAUCAAUUGUAUUUAUAAAAUGUUCUAUAAUCCCAUAACUGUACUGUAAAUACUAUUUGAUAUUCAGUGGCAUUCUAUCCUAGGGCAGGCCCUCUUGCUGUAUCUUUUCUAUCCUUGGUUUGUAAUAGAAUCUAUAGAAUAUAUGGCUAGAAAGUCUCUUUGAGACUGAUAUAUCUUCUGCUGUUGCAAAGCUGUGAGUGGGAAUGAUUUAUUUAGACUCCUUUUAAUAUUAUUCAGCUAAUAGGCAGUGCAGUGGGUGGGUUCUUAGAUGAUGCUGCUGUCACCCCAGAUACUAUUAGGCUUUGGUUUCAGAUGUGUUUGAUGUUUCAUAUAAGACCUUUAAUCUGUUUGCUUUAACUCAGCCAAAGCAAAAAGAUAAUAGACUGGGUCAAUGUCGUAGUAAAAUGUUUGAAUGCCUUAAGAUGCUCUUGAUAAAGGCAUUAUUUGUUUACUGAUUUUUAUAUAUCUAUAUAGAUAUAUAGGUAUAUUCAAUGUGUGUGUAUAUGUAUAUAUAAUGUCUUUUUUGUAUUAUAAAUAUUCUUCUGACUGUUCUUUUGGAUCCUCCAAUUAAAUGCAUAGACUACCGCACAA